CUCGUCACUCUCCUCCUGUCCUACCCUAUCCAAUUUUUUUUCGCUCCGUUCAGGUGGGCGAAGGAUUCUGUACACUGCACCGAAUUUUUAUUCCCUGUUGACCGUUCCACUCCCUCCACCCCCACCCACCCCACAAGACACCCAACCACUCUACAACAAAGAGCUGUUGACUGCACUUCCGAGUGCCCGCUACUCCUCUACAAACAAUUAAAGACCCUUUUUGUACAAGUCAGACCAACCAUCUUCGAAAGGGAAGUCGACGCAUACAUCGAUCCCCUUUCCCCCUACAUAUCACCAUCCGCCUUCUGCCGUCCUCCUACCCCCUCUCCAACACAGUCCUCCACUCAACCAGCACUUCUCGCAAUCAUCUUCUUCACUUCGAUCAUCUCCCUCAUCCCCUCAUUCCAUCACCAACUAAUUCUCAAACUUCUCCCUCAGCUCACUUCCAUCCUCAUUAACCAACUACCAUCAUGGCUCCUAAAAAUAAAAAGGGACAAAAAGUCCUCCUGACCGACUUCUUGGCCGAUACCUCUACCGGUCGGUCAUGGGCUGACGAGAUGGAUGAACUUCCUACCGCUCCCGCACCAAGGGAUCCCAACGAACCCCCGAAUUCUGGACUCGGCGGCUCACAUCUCAGCCGUGGGGAUGGUAACCGAUACCCGGAUCGAGACUACAAUCGCAGAGGAGGUGAUCGAGACGGCAUGGAGAGGCCCACGCGAGUCGAGGUCCCCGUACCCGACAAGCCACCCUACAAUGCCUUUGUUGGAAAUCUCAGUUGGGAAGUCGGAAGUACGGAACUAGAAGAAUUCUUUGGAGCCUCUCACAUCAUUUCGAUCCGGCUGAUCACAGAUGGUGCGACUGGUAAACCCAAAGGUUAUGGUUAUGUCGAAUUUGACGACAGGGAUGCGCUUGUGGCAGCUACAGACAAAUCAGGCCGUGAGCUUGGCGGUAGACCGGUUCGAAUCAGUGUUGCUGAACCCCCCAAAGAGCGCGAGGAUCGCACGGGGGGUGCCUGGCGAAGAGAGGGACCGCUGCCUACUUUUGAUGACAACCGCCGCACUCGGCAUUCUUCUCAUCAAGAUCGUUCAAGUAUUGAAGAUGUCGAUCGAGGUGAGCGAAUGGGAUUUGGCUCCAAGUUCGUACCGGCUGCAGAAUCGGCCACCAACCUGACCCGGCGGACACAAUCUGGACGGGGCUAUAGUCGAGCCGAAGGUGGUUUUGGAAUGGAGAGUGAAGCUGCUGACAGAGGAGAGAGAAUGGGUUUUGGAAGCAAAUUUGUGGCUAGCGUAGACGAACCUAGGAAGGACCGAGGCCCACCUCAAAGAGGUAGCAAUUUCAUUCCAAGCCGAGCCACGCCAGUCGGAUCCGACGACGGUCACAGUGCGUCCGGUGGCAGUAUCAGGAGAGCACCGAUGCUGGAGCGCAAGUCAACUGAAAUUGAGCCAACACCGGCUGAUACUGUCAGCAACUGGAGAAAAGCCAAACCAGUCGCCCCUUCCGAACAUGAAGCCUCUCCCACAGCCCCUCCUACUGCCCCACCUACUCGACGCAAGCUCGAACUUUCGGCCAGAACUGUCACUUCAUCGGAUGGAACUCUUACGCCCCCUACAUCACUUGUCAGUAAUAAGCCAUCUCCUUUUGGAGCUGCCAAACCCAUCGACACUGCCGAGCGAGAAAAGGCAAUUCAAGAAAAACUUGACCGAGAGCGCGCCGAGUUGGCUGCAGUGAACGCCAAAAAAAUUACUACCAGCACUGAUGGCAAAUCGACGCCUGAGGUUGAGCCUAAAUUACCUUCUUCUGCGGCUACCCCUGCCGCUCCUAAAGCACCCAAACCUAACCCGUUUGGAGCUGCCAAGCCGGUGGAUACUUUACAAAAAGAACUGGAAAUUGAACAGAAGCUUGAACGAGAGAAGGCCCUAUUAGAAGAAAAGCUGAAAAAAGAAGCGCAAGAGACCAAAGCAGUCCCUUCGAUUUCAACCAACACCAAAGGUCCGUCAAAUGCCGCCGCUUCCCAUGAAAGUACCACCACCACUGCUUCUGUCAACCAGUCAUCCCACACCCCUCCUACUCCGGCCACCCAGCCUCGGUCUCGCUGGACGCAACCUCCACCGAUUUCCAAGCCGGCCACCAACGGCAACGUCCCUCCAUCCGCGCCAUCCGCCGCUGCUCCCCCUCCAGUUGCCAAAAGUGCUACCUCUCCCUUGUCUCCCAGUUUGUCGUCAUUUCGCAAAGAGGGCAUUUCGUUUGCUGCACUAGCUAAAACUGCCGCCGCCAACCCCACUUCCAAUCCUGCAACAACUACGACAUCCAAACCUUCGACAAAAGAAGAACAAUCUAGCAAAUCAAUGGCCCAACCACCCAGGACUAUUUUAAAACGAGUCGAAGGACUCGAAAUCAAACACGAAUAGUAAAAAAGCAAAUCAUUUUACCACUGGAAUCUGGUCUCGCAUACAUUAUGCAAUUGGCUUAGAAAGAAAGCAGGUCCUAGGAGGUGCUAAAAGGCAUUGAAUCCUUGACUCAAUUUCCUAGGAGGGUAGUGAGUCCUGGAAAAGAGCCUUGGAAGUGUUUCAAAAUAUCAUCAUCGUAGCUAAGCGUCUCGAUUAAUUUGUUGUCUGAGCUUGAUUUUUCCAUAUAUUUCAUUUACUUUGUUGGGUUAUAUCUUUCUUUUUAUUAAGAAAUGAGGAUCUGAGGUAGCAGUAGAUCAAGACACAAUAAAAAGAUCUACAACUUUUAUCCUCCUUUUUCUUUUUCUCCAUUUUUGUUUGCUUGGUUUCUUUUUGCUCUGACUAAACAAAGAAAAACAAUGGUCAUUUUUUUUUAUUUCAUGUUCAUGUUCAUUUCUUCUUUGAUCUCUGAUGACCAACUUUUUCAUCAUUUUAUCUCUCUCUCCCUCUCUUUCUCUUCUCUUUCAUCCUUUUUUUCUUUCUUUCUUUCUUUCUUUCUUUUGGUCGUACAUUAUUAGAACCCAAGAUCUCCUCGGCCCAGCUUACGUUCGAAAAAGUAAUUCAUACAUACACAUAUUUACAUAUCCAUUAGGUCUCCUUUUCUCUGCCCUUAUCUUAAGGUGGACAACUUGCUUUUGAG